GGGAGCUGCGGAGUCGGGACUCACAACUCCGGGUGGGGGGGGCGGGGGGGCCGGAAUGUGAGCCCAGGUGGGAGCCGGCGGCUGAGGGUGGAAGAAUGAAAGAAAAGGAAGAUGGAAGAAUGUUGAACCACUUGGGCUGGCCAUAUGAUGGAAGGGAACGGAAGUGAGAGUCCCUGCAGUAGAACCCUUGGAUGGCUUCAACAGGAUAAUGAUGCUAAACCAUGGCUUUGGAAAUUCUCUAAUUGCUUUUCUCGUUCCGAACAGACAUUGCCUCUUAAUCCCCAAACGAAAGAUUACAUGGAGAACAAGAAAGUCGCUGUGGACCUCAAGAACGUACCAUCUCCCCUCCGUGCUGGCGCUAAGCUUUUCCCAGCCGUCCCACUUCCAGAUAUUCAUUCUCUCCAGCAGCCUCAACUUCAGCUUUCGACGGUGCCCAAAGUAAGCUGCUGUGCUCACUGCACUCAUGAACCGGCCACAUCGCCUUUGCGGCUUGGCAGUGGUGGUGGUGGUGGCGGCGGCGGUGAAGGUGCCGGGGGCUUGGUGCACACGGGCAGCCUGUUGGCCACACAGAGCACCAGGACAAUCACAUGUCAGGUGGGAUCCGGUGCGGCCUUCCAGGCGGCCUCCCCACUGCACAGUGCCUCAGCGAGGAGCGGUGUCACCGGCAGCAGCAGCAGUGGUGGCAGCGGCGACUUCCCCAGCAUGUGCCUCCAAGGCAGCAGCCUCUCCUGCAAGCACCUGCCCUGCUGUGGAAAGCUUCACUUUCGGUCAUGUCCUGGGAACGCACACAAACUCUACCCAUUCCCCCCUCUGCCGGGCUGUGCCCCUGCAGCCUAUUUCCCCUGUUCCGAGUUCCCCAGUUCCGAGUUCCAAAUGUCGGGGCAUUUGGAAGAGCACAUCUCCCCACCGGAGCUUGCCCCUCACUUGUGUACCAGCUCCCUACACCUAAACCUGGUCCCUCCAGUUUGUUUAAAGGGCUCCCUGUACUGCGAAGAGUGUCUCAACAAGCCAGCAAGAAAUAGUAUCGUCAAUGUUGCUAAAGUCUGGCCAAAUAUACCACCUCCGAACACUCCGACAGCACCUGUCACGGUUCCUCUGUGUAACGGCUGUGGCACCAAAGGAGCAGCAAGUGAGGCCAGGCUGCUCCUGGCCACCAGUCUAGGCAAAGCCACUUCGAAAUUUGGAUCACCGGAAGUGGCACUUGCUGGACAGGUGCUUGAAAACUUACCCCCCAUUGGUGUUUUCUGGGACAUUGAGAAUUGCUCAGUUCCCUCUGGCCGCUCUGCCACAGCUGUUGUCCAGAGAAUCCGCGAGAAGUUCUUUAAGGGCCACCGAGAAGCUGAGUUCAUCUGUGUGUGUGACAUCAGCAAAGAAAACAAAGAAGUGAUUCAGGAACUGAACAAUUGCCAGGUGACUGUGGCUCACAUCAAUGCUACGGCUAAGAAUGCAGCCGAUGACAAGCUCCGUCAGAGUCUGCGAAGAUUCGCGAACACUCACACUGCGCCAGCCACAGUGGUCCUUGUAUCAACUGAUGUCAAUUUUGCAUUGGAACUUAGUGACCUGAGACACAGACAUGGUUUCCACAUAAUUUUGGUCCAUAAGAACCAGGCCUCGGAAGCGCUGCUACACCAUGCAAAUGAGCUGAUCCGGUUUGAGGAGUUCAUUUCCGACUUGCCCCCCAGGUUACCGUUGAAAAUGCCGCAGUGCCACACCCUGCUCUAUGUCUAUAACCUCCCAGCAAACAAAGAUGGCAAGAGCGUCAGCAAUAGACUGCGUCGCCUGUCAGACAACUGCGGUGGCAAAGUGCUGAGCAUCACUGGUUGCAGCGCUGUCCUCCGUUUCCUGACCCCAGAGAGUGCGGCGCGCGCCCAGAAGCGCAUGGAGAACGAGGAUGUCUUCGGGAACAGGAUUGUAGUGUCCUUCACCCCCCAGCCCCGGGAGCUCUGUGACACCAGGAGCUCGGGCGCCAUCGCUGACAAAGCCAAGUCACCUAAAAAGCUGAAGAAUGCGAAACUGUGCCAUGGCAAGGACAUGGGUGAACUGGUGCCCGGUGCCAAGGCUGCAUCAGGGAAAGGGGCAUCUGCCAACCUGGGCUCGGUCAGCAAGAAUCCUCACCUGAAAAGUUUACAGGAGCUGUGCCGCCUGGAGACAAAGAUGGGCACGAGGAGCAGCGAGCACCUGUCGGGCCACAUGAGACUGGCUGUUCCUGUGCACAGAAACACAGGCACCCCUAUGGCCGUGUCAAAGCCCUCAGGGCUGCCAGACCCCGGCCAUAAAGUCAACUCCAAAAAAGAGCAGCUCAGUGUCCAGAGUGCGGCCAGCUCCCCAGAGGAAAAGCAGGAACAGGAGGAGAGUCCGUUCCAAGUGAGCUUCCCAUCUGCCUUCAGCAAGCUGAUUGUGUCCCGGCAGGUGGGGCCUCUGCACACGCCACAGGCCUGGUCUGCUCGGAGUAUGUCCCCAAACCUCUUGAACAGAGUAUCCCCACUGGCCUUGAACAUGGCAAACCCGAGUGGUGGCCUUGACUGCCCAUACCCAUUUAUGAAUGGGGCCGACAUCCAGAUCAGCAACCUGGACUACAGGCUGUCCCGGAAGGAGCUGCAGCAGCUUGUUCGCGAGGCCUUCUCCCAUCACGGCAAGGUGAAGGCUGUGGAGCUGAGCCCGCACACAGAUUACCAGCUCAGGGCUGUGGUGCAGAUGGAGAGUUUGCAGGAAGCCAUCAGUGCUGUCAACAGCCUUCACAGAUACAGAAUCGGCAGCAAGAAGAUCCUUGUCUCGCUGGCUACUGGGACUGCUAAUAAAUCACUCUCUUUACUGAGUGCAGAAACAAUGGCUAUUCUCCAGGAUGCUCCCGCCUGCUGUCUGCCUCUUUUCAAGUUUACAGAUACAUAUGAAAAAAAGUUUGGCCAUAAGCUGAAUGUGUCGGAUCUGUACAAGUUGACAGACACGGUCGCCAUCCGCGACCAAGGUGGUGGGCGGCUGGUGUGCCUCCUGCCCAGCAGUCAGGCCCGGCAAAGCCCUCUGGGCUCGUCCCAGUCGCAUGACGGCUCCUCGGCCACUGGCAGCCCCAUCAUCUUCGAGGAGUCCGAGUACCAUGAGCUCGUGUGCCGGCAGCACUGUGCCCACGCGGAUUUCAGUGAACACGAAUUCGAUCCUGACUCUUACAAGAUUCCUUUUGUGAUUCUCUCUCUGAAGAUGUUCGCGCCCCAAGUGCACAGUCUGCUGCAGACACAUGAGGGAAUGGUGCCUUUAUUAAGCUUUCCCGAUUGUUACGCCGCCGAGUUUGGUGAGCUUGAGCUGGUGCAGGAGAACCAGGGCGGUGUUCCCCUGGAGCACUUCAUUACCUGUGUCCCUGGGGUGAACGUCGCCACUGCACAGAAUGGUGUCAAAGUGGUGAGAUGGAUCCACAACAAACCCCCGGCCCCCAAUACAGACCCUUGGCUUCUUCGAUCAAAAAGUCCUGUGGGAAAUCCGCAGCUGAUCCAGUUCAGCAGGGAGGUGAUUGACCUCCUGAAGAGCCAGCCUUGCUGCCUCACACCCAUCAGUGGCUUCAUCCCCUCCUACCACCACCACUUCGCCAAGCAGUGCCGGGUGUCCGACUACGGCUACUCCAAGUUGAUCGAUUUACUGGAGGCUAUACCCCAUGUACUGCAGAUCCUUGGGAUGGGCUCCAGGCGUUUGCUGACCCUGACGCACAGGGCCCAGGUGAAGCGCUUCACUCAGGAUUUACUCAAGCUUCUCAAAUCCCAAGCCAGCAAACAAGUCAUCGUGAGCGAGUUCUCUCAGGCUUACCACUGGUGUUUCUCCAAGGACUGGAAUAUCACAGAGUAUGGGGUAUGUGAACUGACAGACAUCAUCUCCGAGAUCCCCGACACCACCAUCUGCUUAUCCCAGCAGGAUAAUGAAACCAUGAUUUGUAUCCCCAAGAGAGAGCGUACUCAGGAGGAGAUUGAGAGGACAAAGCAGUUCUCCAAGGAUGUGGUGGACCUGCUGAGGCACCAGCCACAUUUCCGGAUGCCCUUCAACAAAUUCAUCCCCUCCUACCACCACCACUUUGGCCGCCAGUGCAAACUCGCCUAUUACGGCUUCACAAAACUCCUGGAACUCUUUGAAGCCAUACCUGAUAUUUUACAAGUGCUGGAGUGUGGAGAAGAGAAAAUCCUGGCCCUGACUGAGGUAGAGCGCUUUAAAGCUCUGGCCGCCCAGUUUGUCAAACUCCUUCGCUCACAGAAAGACAAUUGCCUGAUGAUGACAGAUCUACUCACAGAAUACACCAAGACUUUUGGCUACACCUUCCGCCUGCAGGACUAUGACGUCAGCUCUCUCUCAGCACUAAUGCAGAAGCUGUGCCAUGUUGUAAAGGUUGCAGACAUGGAAUCGGGGAAGCAGAUCCAGCUCAUUAACCGAAAGUCACUGCGCUCACUCACAGCGCAGCUGCUGGUCCUGCUGAUGUCGUGGGAAGGCAAUGCCUUGAUGCCGGUGGAAGCACUGCAGAGGCACUACGAGGCAGCUCACAGUGCCCCCCUGAAUCCCAGCGAGUAUGGCUUCCUGACUCUGGCCGAGCUGCUGCGGAGCCUGCCUUACCAGGUGGAGGUAUUCACCAAUGAUCAGACAGAAGAAUGUGUGAGGCUGACGAGCCUGUACAUGUUUGCCAAGAAGGUGCGCGCUCUCCUGCACACCUACCACUACCAGCAGCUCUUCCUGCACGAGUUCUCUGUAGCCUACAACAAAUAUGCAGGCGAGACUUUGCAGCCUCAGGCCUAUGGCUAUGGCAGCGUGGAGGAGCUCCUGAGCGCCAUCCCGCAGGUAGUGUGGAUCAAAGGACACGGUCACAAGAGAAUUGUGGUGUUGAAAAAUGACAUGAAAAGUCGGCUCAGCUCUCUGGGCCUUUCCUCCUCUGACCCCGAAAGCAAACCUUCGGCCACCCAGCAAAUCCUGGAGAUGCCUGAGUUCCAGAUCGCAGUGGGAAGUCGCAGACCCCCAGAGCCCCCGCUGCUCCACCUGAGCGCCAGUUCCCCCGUGGACCUGCUGUGCGCACCCGUACCUACGAGCCUGCCGUCUCCACAGCUGACGCCUGAUCCUGUCACUCUCCCACCCACUGACCUCAUCCAGUUUGAGGAGCACCCGCAGAAGCCUUUGGAAAUGAAGAUUUUGAAUCCAGGAGAGAAAAGUGAAACUUCAGCACCCACCAAGAAUGAAGCUCUGCCCCCUGAUUUCGGCCUGUCCGUCGUCUCAGCAGCUAGUCCCAAGCACCUUUCUCCCACCUCGGAGCCCCUUGAGGCUCCACUCAGCAAGGGCCCCAUGGAGAGCCCAGCCAAGAAGCAUCCCAAAAAUCGAGUGAGGCUGGCGGCCAACUUUUCCUUCGCCCCCAUCACUAAGCUCUGAUUCUCUCCAGGAUGUGUAGACUAGGACAGGUAGAUGCAAUCUGAUCUCUCACAUAAGUGGGUUCAAACAUAGCCUUUAACCAACUCCCCGGGAGCCUGCACUCCAUCUCCCAGCCUCUUUUCUUCAGAAUGUUGUUUUCUUUGACCUUGAGCUGAGUUUAUUUUUUUCUUUUCUCCUACUCUUUCCCCCAUUCCCUCAUUAUUUGAAGAGGGGAAGGGAAAAAAAAAAAAAGUCUGGUAUUUGUUUUAAACAAUCCUUAAUAUAUUUGCCCCAAUUCUUCCAUCAUUAUGAAAUCAAAUGGUGGAGCCAAAAUGAUAGCACAGCGGGGAGGGCAUUUGCCUUGCACAUUUCUGUCCCGGGUUCCCCGGCAUCCUGUAGGGUCCCCAAUCCCAUCAGGAGUAAUUCCUGGGUACAGAGCCAGGAGUAACCCCUGAGCACCACCGGAUAUGGCCUCAAAAAUCACCACCACCACCAACAGUGGACGAGUGUUUUGGAGGAGAGCGAGGUGGUUGCUCUGCCAGCAGGGAGUGAGUGGCACCCCACAUGCAGUGUGGUCUGGUCCCCAAGCCUUUGCCCACACUGAUGUGCCCGGGCAGCAUCUGCACAGGCCAUGUCUGUCUCCAAAUAGAGCCAGGGAGAAGUAGGAGGAGGUAGGGUGUGGCUGCAUCCUUCCAGCCCACCUGCCCUGAGACUUGUUACGUGCCUUUGUGGUUGCCCUUCUGCUGCUGCUGCUGCUACUUCUGGAUUUUAACCCAACGAUGUCCAUCGACUGCUGUGGCUUUCUCCCCCCCCUUGCCCCCCAAUACUUUUUAAAGCUCUUUCCACUUGGGUAGUUCCAUACAGGAGCUUUUUCUCAGCCAUUGAGGAUGUUUUAAGCUUCCCUUUUGCAUUUGGCUCCAGUUUGCUCCACGUCAGGUUAAGAAGCAGGAGUGUAGGUCUCAGUCCUGACACACCUGCCUGAGUCGUGGGGAAGCGAGUCUGAUUGUUACACUUAUGCAUCAGAUGCAUAACGGGCAAAUCAGCCUCGGUGGAUGCGCUUUUCUGUGGGCCAGAGGUCUAGGUUCUGUUGAGACUAGGAAGGCUGAGGUUGACGGGAUUAACCUAGCUUUUUUGUCACUGAAGCUGGUCUGUGGGGCUAGGGGGAAGCUAUGUGUGUCUGUGUAAGUGUGUCUUUCUCUGUGUGAGCUUAUGUGUCUUAACAGCAGUUAAUUUUUACUUCAUGACCUCCCACCCCUGGACGUGUGCUGGGAUGUUUCAGGGGCGUCCGAAUGUUGGUAUUUGAGGAAACUUGGAGGGAAUGCUGCCCUGUAGGAGGACCUUCACCGUGAGCUGGCCAAGGCAGUCAUGCCAGUGGCCGCAGCCUGCCCCUUGUCCCUGAGAAGCUUGGCAUUUACAAUGGUUUGUAUUUGUCGAGCAGAAGAGUAGGAAGAGCUUGUGGGCAGGAGGCCUCCAGCCGGUCACGUGAUUUCUCUUGGGGAAGUACUUGCAGUUUGGGAAUUUCUAGAAAGCCAGAAUGUGGGCUCUGACCACAGAGUCUGCAUUUUGAGAAAAUGCCAUAAACAUCAGAGAGUUUUACAAGUUAGAGGGGAUUUUUUUUUGUGGGUUGUUUUUUUUUUUUUCCAGACAUUCCCCAAAGAUUUUUUAAAUGAAGCUACUGAUUCCCUCCUGUGUUCCAGUGUGCGUGGGCCUUGGUCUGGGUGGUCUGGAUGGAAGCAAGCUAGGAGGCCUGUGGGCUCCUGGUCGUGGUGACCCCUCCCUGGGGCACCUCUCUGCAGACACAGCGGGACAGGAGUGAGCCAAGGUUGUUUGAGAAGCUCAGAACCACGAGUGGUAGUGUGGCAGCAGCAACAGCCCACUGGGCACACACUGGGACAUUGGUUUUGCUCAUGUACUCAUGUUUUGCUCAUGUAAGCUGGAAAGAUGCCCGAGGCACCUUUAGAAGUCACCAGGAACUAGGCCAGGCUCUGGCGUUGCCGCCAGUUGGCCUGGAACCAUGUGCUUGCAAGUGUGUGUAUAUUUGUGUGCGUGUGCUGGCCUGUGUGUGUAUGUGCUUACAUACCCCUGUAUGCUCUGAAUGCUGCUGGAAGCCAAAAGGACAUACCAUCUUCCUGCCAUGUCCCAAAUAUACUCCUUGUGGCCAGUCCCGUUGGGUCAAUCUUACUUUUUUUUAUCUAGCGGAUGGAUUAAAUGAUGUGACAAAAUGAUGUAUAACAAUUAAGACAAUGAAAUUAUUUCUGAGUGGGAAGAUGUACCUGAUUCAACUUACUCUGUUAAAAGAAAAAAUACAAAGCAUUAGCAUCUUGACACACACACCACCACCACCAUUUUCCCAUUUGCACUUCUGGAUCUGGACAGGGUUGGGGGAUGAGAGGUUUCUCUUCACUGUCUCCUUUGUUCAAACACUUCCUUUGUGGUUCAAGUGCUGUUUUGUGUGUUGGGACCAAACAGUUGUGAAAUAAACUUAACGAGCAAGCAUCAAA